CCACAAAGCAUACUCGCAACAAUCAGUUGAAAUUACCGAGCUUUUAGAUGCCAGAGAAGCAAGUGCAUCCGCCACCUUCACAAUGUCUAACUCGCAAUUUCAGCCCAUUAUCGAAGAUGGAGAAGAUGUGUCAUUCUUUACUUGGCUGAAUUACAAGUUACCUGGGAUACAACUAACGAAACGAGUGGUUCUGAUCGCGGGCUCAGCUCUACUCGUAUUUAUCCUCAUGGUUCUCGUUGGUGUUUUGAGCACUGGUUCAACUGCAAAGUCGUCUGGAACCCAAUCAUGGAUGAGUUCCAACUCAAUCACACCAACAUCUCCCUCGUUGGCAUCAACUACAACCGUGAGUCCAUCCGUUAUUACGACCACUAUUGGUCUCAUCAGUUCAACAGCAACGAAAACAACAACAACAACAACAACAACAAAUGCAAAUACCAUCACUACUACCGCAAUCACGACACAGACAAGCACUAUGCCAACUACAGGAACAACAACAGCCACAUUGGUUCCAAAUCAGCAGGGCCUUCCGACCAUUCUUGGUGUGGCAAUAAAACCAAGAUCUGCAACAAUGGCUAAAGAUGAGUAUGAUUUCUUUGUGGCUUCAUCGGACAAUGUGACCGUGAUCGAUACAAGUUUGGGCUCAGUGAAAGCCAUGGUUUACGAUGAGAGUGAAGAAUGCAUGUUCGGUGUUAUUCAUUUAGACGGGGAUUCGAAAAUUGUGAAACGCUGCCAAGCCGCCAAUUGGACUAUGGAAAUAUUGAUCAACCACACAAACAUCUUAGUGGAGAAUCUGGCCUUGGACUACGUUGGGAAACACUUGAUUUGGAUCAAGAAUGCCCACCAUUCUCUGGAAUACUCGGACUAUAAUGGUACAUUUAGAGGAGAGGUGCCGAUUGACAUGAUCCAUGAUCCCUUAAGCCUUCGAUGUGAUCCUGAAGAAGGAUACAUAUUUGUCCACACGCUUUUUCCCCCUGCCAUCCAUCGAGUAACGAUGACUGGAGGGAAACACCUGAUGGUAUAUGACAAGAUCUAUCCUCAGGCAAAAGGUUUCACAUUGGACAUUCGACGUAAAGAGGUGUACUUGAUGGCCAGAUUUCAACUCAUCAAAACCGAUUAUCAUGGACGUAGGUCGCAGAGAGUGGCAAUCCUUGAUCGUUCUUCAUUCGCACUCUUGCACAUCCACUCCAUGGAAAUAUCCGAGUCCUGGAUCAUGUGGACAAGUGUUACAAUGAAUAAUAUUGCUAUGAUCUCGUUAACCCGAGAAUCGGAUACUCUCCCCCCAUUGCCCAAACCUCAAAAUCUGGGUAUUCCCAUGACAACGAGUGUGAAAUAUUUCAGUAUCUUGACCAGAAAUCAGCAAAAAUCCACGGGCGUGAAUAAUCCAUGCUCGAACUCUAUGUCCUGUGGUCAAAAUAUGUGCCUAGGAGAUGGGCCAGAGCAAUAUUCUUGCUUUGAACUAAGCCCUGAGAUCGCAACGGAAACAGUAUUGCCGAUGAGUUGCACGAGCAUGCAAUUUCAAUGCGCCAAUAACCAUUGUUUGCCAUUGGCAUGGACUUGUAAUGGGGAAGCCGAUUGUCUGGAUGGCUCUGACGAAUCCGAAGAUUUAUGCAACGACAACAGAAGAUGCCCAAAUGAUGAAAAUGGCGCUCAAUUUCAAUGUGUUGGAGCCCCUCCUUCGUGCAUCCCUCUACUCUGGCGUUGUGAUAAUGAGGAAGACUGUUCUGAUGGAUCCGACGAGAAAUCGUGCUAAGAAGGUGGAACAGAACUUACGACGGGUUGCCGCGAGAUUCUGGACAAUAAGUGGAAGAUAUCUAAGCAGACAUAAAAAAGGAAA